CAGGCGGCUCCUACCACCACGCCCGCCCGUGAGCCUCUCGCCUGCCGCCGUCAGUCCCCCCGCUCCUCGCCGCCGCGCACCCGUGACCUUCGCCGCCGCCAAUCCCACCUCUGCUGCCCCCGCCCCAAGCCGGCCGUCCGCGGGCUCGGCGGCUACGGCGGCUCCAAGCUCCAGCCCUCAACCCGUGACCCUCGCCGGCGCCGCCGACGAUACCUCCUCCGCGCCCCGCAACCGCCAAGGACCUCAACCGCAGGCCGCCCUCUUCGACCUCAUCCUCUGAAAGUCGCGCUGCUGUUCUUGCUGAGGAAUAUUUCACCCCCGCUGCUUCGGUUUCCACUCCGGCCGUGAUGACGUCUCCUAGCUCCCCGGCAAUGACCCUAUCCCACCCAAGCUCCGGGCGCCAUUUCUACCUCGCCGUUGACCGCCUUCAGUUCAAGAUGAGGACACUGCUGGAGCUCCUAGGUGUUGUCUCUGAUCGCCACGGCUCGGUGCCCAUUGCCAUAUGUGUUUCAUCCCGGGAUGAGCUAGAUGCUGUCUGUGCUGCUGUUGCCAACCUCCCCUUUGUGUCCUUAUCACCGCUGUACAGCGAUCAAGAUGAAGCUGAGCGUGCAUCUGUUCUUGAGAAAUCCCGUCGGGCAGCAAUACAGCGAAAUCAGAUUGAAGAUACUUCUAUUGAUGGAAGUCCCAAGCCUGAAAGUGUGGUCUUGAAGCUCAAUAUUACAGUUGUAACAGAUGCUUGCUUGCCUUCGGCGGCGAUGGGAGAGGCUCCCCUUAUGUCUCGUGUGCUGAUAAACUAUGAAUUGCCUACAAAGAAGGAGGCUUACUUAAGACGUGUAUCAGCAUGCUUGGCAACAGACGGAAUCGUGAUUAAUAUGGUGGUUGGUGGUGAGGUAGCUCUAUUAAAGUCUCUGGAAGAAACCAGUGGAUUCGUCAUUGCAGAGAUGCCAAUACAUGUUUCUGAGAUACUAUAACAGUCUCAAUUCGCUUCAGAAAUUGCUGUUACACUUCAGGACUAACUACUCCAGUUUCCGUUGGUGCUACUUUGACUUGUGGGAUUACUCUUUGCUUCCUUCAUAUGUGGAUUUUUCUUAAAACUAGGUUUCAGAAUAAUGGGAUUGAUGUUAUAAUUCUAUUUAUUGAGAAAUGGACCUUUUUUUACUUAAAA